AUGAGCGUCGAGGCCGAAAACAUUGACCCGCCACCCCAGGCCCCCGGGAUGAACGACUACAUGUCGGACGAGGAGAAGAAGCGCGGCCGCAAGUCAUCAGCAUCGCCUGAACGUGCCUCUCGUAAGGAGCGACGCCGUCGCAGCAGCAGUGGAUCCAGUGCUGGAGGAGAUCGUGAUCGCAGUGGUGGACGUCGUCGCAAAAGCCGUUCCUCUUCCCGCAGCACCUUCGACAAGAAAAGCCCAAAACGAGAGCGUCGGGCGCGUCGUUCCCGUUCUCGAACCUACUCGCCGAAGCGCUCGCGCAGCACCCCGUGCACACGCAUCCACGUCAGCGGUUUCGAUGCUUCCGUGUCUCGUCGUGAUCUCAGCAAAGCAUUCAGCGAGUUUGGCGAGAUCACGGACAUUUGGCUAACCAGUCGCCAACCGCACUACGCUUUCAUCACGUACGCCGAUGCUCGCGAUUGCGAAGAUGCGAUGCGGCAGCUGAACGAGACUUCAUUCUGUGGAAGCCGUAUCCGGAUCGCGCCAGCUCUUCCCCGUCGCAUUGGAGGCGGAUUUGGUGGAGGCGAGGGCGGAGGUCGUGGUGGCGGCUACCGUGGUGGUGGUGGUGACUACCGUGGAGGCGGUGGCGACUACUCUCGUCGUCGCAGGAGAUGCGGCGCGCGAAUUGGCGCAUUUUUGGCCUUCCUGUGCGCGAGCCCCUGCCAUGUCUCGCACUCGCUCGAGGUCCCCGCCGCGUCGCAAGCGCUCGUCCUCGCGCAGCCGCUCGCGCUCGUGAAUGCCGGACAAAUGGGGAGAAACUCGCAGCUUCAACAAUUCCAUACCGUUACACUAAUCAUGGGUCGUCGCGGGUACAAGGGCGAUUACCACCUGCUCGUCGCGCACAACUAUUUCAAAUCAUUGAAAUCCUCACGCGAGCUAACCGACGCCUCGAAGAAGCCGUCAACCAUUGAUCCAGCUUGGCCAACGACAUCGUUGUGUGAGACGGGAAAGCAGGGCACUUCUCUGGAUCGACUGAACCCGGAGGUCGAGCAUGUGCAGGUUAAAAAGAAAAAGCAACUACAUACGACACCGAAACGCUCGAUAUUCGCACGCAUCUCAAGGAUUGUGUCCAAUGAUGAAGCGGUCGCACGAGAAUUGGAGUAUGAGAUGAGAAGUCGGGAGGAUGAUGAACGCCCCGGAAGCCCGGCGUCGAUCAAGGAGUUCAGCUUUUUGCAGCGGUUGAAGCAUACGUUGGUGAGAGCAGAAAGUUACGAACGGGUGCGACAUACCAGCGGAGGUUUGGGUGAAUUGCGGCCUUUCGAGUUUCGGGAUGAUGAGCAUGAAAUCGCCUUUUCGCAUCUGCUGGGCUAUCAACGAAUCAGGGUUAUGACGAUGGAAUGUCAAGAGAGAUCUCCGCGACCGCAGAGACGAAAUUCCACCCUUGGUGGAUCAUUGCUCGGUGUUGAUGCUCUGGCUCCGGCUGGCGGUAUCUCAAGAGCUAGCAGUUGUGAGCCAGAAGCCGCUCGUCUCUGCGAAACGUUAGAGGAAGAGCCGGAGCCGGACGACGUACAAUACACUCCUGAGCUUUUUGAAAAGUUUGAGGAUUCGGUGAAGACGCUAUCGAGCUUUGGCAGCUAUUCAAGUUCAUUCACGCACUUCCGGUCUGUUGAUGAGUCGAAGCGCGAGAUCAAUGAACUCUUCAGGGCCCAAUUCCCCAAUAUUCAACUUACAUUUUCAAAGUUUAAGAGUAUCAAGCGUGAAAUGGUGGCCCUGGCGGAGAUCUGCGAUCUCGACGACUGUACGCUCGCCUCGGCGCUGCUAUAUUUUGAGCGUAUCGUGCUGAAGGGGCUGAUCUCAAAGUUUAACCGGAAAUUGGUGGCCGGGUCGUGCUUGAUUGUGGCCGUCAAAGUGACUGAUGUCGGGAAGACGAAGAUCAAGGAAAUUGUGGAGGAAGUGGAAAGCCGGCUGCGCGAGGAUCGACACGAACUUUUAUCUUUUGAAUUGCCCCUGUGCGUGGCGCUCGGCUUCGAGUUGAUGCCGUCUAUUGAGCUUCUUAGGCCGCAUCUCGACAAAAUCACCUUCGGUAUUGUC